AUGCCGCUGGACCUGGUGGGGAAGCUUCACCGCACGGUCUACAUUGAAGGCUGCCCGUCGACAGUGCGGGAGGACCUCUUGCGGCUUCUUGUGACAAAAUGUGGCGCCAUCGAGGGUUGGGACGUCACGGGUGAGCGACUCAUCGUCGUGUUCAGCAGCAUGAACAGCAUCAGCACCGCCAUCACGUUUAACGGCACAGCCUUUGGCGACCUCACGAGCAAACUGUUUUUGUGGGUGGCCACCGAGUCGCCGCCAGCGGGGGUGGCGCAGCAGCUGGCCAUUGCGGACGGCGGCAGCGGCACAAAAGGGGGCCCGCGUUCAGCGGAGGAGCUGAAGUCUGCACGGGAGGCACGCGAAAAACGACUAGCCGCCAUCCGUUCCGAACUGGCGCCGGAGAUUGAGGUUGAGCAGAGCACUGAAAGCAGCGAGGUGAGGCGGCUGAAUCUAUGCCUGAGGCAGCUCAAGGCUCUCGGGACGCUUACCAGCCACGCGCUUGCUGAGGCUGAGCAAAAACUAGAGGAAAUCUCCACACACCUCGGCGCCUCGCAGAGGCUGCUGGAGAACCUGCGAGCGGAGAAGCUGGCCAAGGCGACAGUUACUCCCGCCGCGCAGGCAGACAAGCCUGAUUCCGUGGAAGAGACUAGCGCGGCCGCUGACCUUCCUGGGGUGUUGGGCGAGCGCGAAGAUGUGGCGCAGCGUGUGGAAGCGAUGGUGGCCGCAGCUGAGGAUAUUGGCCAGUGGCGAAAGCGCUCCCGAGGAGACUGA